AAAUUUGAGUAGGUUUUUUUUUAGGGACGGGGGGUUUUUUCGUUGUUUUUUUUUCUUGUUUUUUUUAGGGUACCCGUCGGUCAUGGACGCGUUCCUGCAGCUGGACGCGGGCGGAGGCGUAUACGACGACGACCUGGUGGUGGGUGAACACGUAGACUUGGAGACGCAGAUCCAGCGCCACAUUGCGGAGACGAGUCAAGCCGAUGCACUAUUCGGCGAGCAGCUCUACCGUCCAGUGGGGGAGGAGGGCGUGGAGGAUAACCAUGGAAAGGGCCGAGACGAGCAGCUGAGCGCCGCCGAGUCAGACGAGCUGGAGCGGCAACGCUAUCUGCAGCGCAUUCUGUCGAUCGAGAAGGGGAUGCAAGAGGCAGACAACGACGUGCAGCGGCGAAUCGACACGAUGAAGCGUAUACUGGAGCUCAAAGACCCCAUGGAGCAGAUGUCGGAGUACCUGACACUCAAACAGGAAGCCCGACGAGAAGACGACGUGGACAUUGUGGGGGAUCUGGUACACUGCGCCAACCGUAUGACGAACGAGGAAGACAGCGAAGUAGCCAUGUUGGGGGCGUUCUUCUUCCUGUGCUACCGGCAGCAUCCCAGGACACGAGGAAUGGCAGCCAUGUUGCCAGUUGUGGCGGCCAUGAUGGAGGCAUCCAACGGAAUGGACCACACGCAAAUUUAAUGUGCACAGGACAAUUGGAUGGAGCGUUUUAGUAUUGAAUCUAUGGGCGCCUUAAGACCCCCACUGGAAGAAAUCACAUUGGCGGUUUGGACACUUGAAAAAGGUCCGAUCUUUGUUCACUCCAUUCUUACACGUGAACAAGACGCCAGGCAAAUUACACUCACACGUUGGCGUCUCGUUAUCUCCUCUGUCGGUCGUAGAAGGCGGCAUCUCGUCCUUCCAUUCGAAGAAGCCGCAGGUGUCUGGUCCCUGGAAGCUGCAGGCGUAAAACUCACGGUUCAGGUUCGGACCUGGCUUUCGGGUUGUGCGCAAGACGCAAGGGGUAUUAUGCCCAGAGCACUUGGGCACAUUUAAUACGCCAGCGACUCUCGAAGCUGACAAAGGCUGAGCUGAUGCAGUGGGAGUCUCUGAAGCUUCGUCCUUCCACAGGAAAAACCCGCAGUUGUUCUCUGUUUGGCCGCGUCGGCAGCUGUAGAACUGUCGGCCUUUGUUCGGGCCGUCCUUCUUUACGGUUCUCUCGGCACAAGGUUCGUUAUGACCAGGGCACUUCACUACGGGCGCGUUCGAGUCGGAUACCCAAGCAAAAAAGUUGCACUGCUCACCUUGAGGCAGUGGACACACGUAAAACAUCCGCCCAGUGUUCGGCCCGUCGCGAGUUACCUCCUUCUCCACGCAAGACAAACCGUGGUCAUUGCAACGAGGGACAUCUGAGGCCAGACUCGGAGUAGGGGGUGGUCGAGUCUGAGAACCUGCAGACCGUGAUGGAGAUCGUUGUCGUUUCUGCCGUCGAUCUUGAGUGCCAUUGCCAGCUCGUGUACUCGUCUCCGAUCCUCUCGAUGAUGUACUGUCAGAAUUCGGGCCACGAGGUCUCACGUCUGCGCGAUGAGGCUGCCGUGGUUCUCUGUCAACAGGAGCGCGAGGCCUCAAUUCCCCCAUUCGUGGCAACCCAGGAUCACGAGCAUCAUUAACCGAUUGGCCGAAUUGCUCCGAAAACGUCUGGUCUAGCACAUUAGCGCUACGAGUAACUUCGAGGAAAAUGCUCUUCAUCUACGAAUGCAUUGAUAGAACUUGUCAGUUCACUCGAGAUGAAGAUCAAGGCUCCUAUACAUUCUUUACCUGAUCCAUACACGAAUCGACUACUUGUCGGAGAGCCUUUUGUCCUAGCGAAAUCGCUUUGCAGUCAUUCUCCAUCUAAAUGUUCAGGCAAAAGCAAUUAGAGUCAAGUCAAUACAGGUCCGCCACUUUUCGAACACCC